AUGAAUGAUGAGGUGACGGCAACCGGUCAAGAAGGGGAUCAACCAUCUCAACAGCCCAUUACGCCUAUCGAACCGUUCCACCUCGACGAUUUGCCGACACGGAUCGAUAAUGCCGGUGUGAGUCUGCCUGUCGCUUCGGCAACUCUCUCACUUGCAACGGCACGACCCUCUUUAUCUGAUCACAGCGAGAGCACUAGAGAUGAUUGCGCAACACCAAAGGAACAGUCACGAGAUGAUGGGCAGAAACAGAACCGGCCGAGAAGUCCUCCCAUUGCCUUGGCGAAGAAUGGAAAGGAACACAGUCUACCCAUUAUGUUUCGCCGCAAAGGAGAAGAAGCUCAACAUCCUCCUAUACCCUCGAGUGUCGCUCAUCUCACACCUUCCAUUGAUGGCCCCAUUAAACCUGUACCGCGGCGCACUCCAUCCAGGCAACUACCGCCCCUUCCGACUAUUCCCGAGGGCAUCACCAGUUCGAUCAUGACACCUACGUCUACCUCGUCGCCUGGAUUUGGCUCCGAUACCAGCAAUGACGACUUCAUUUUUCUCAAAAGUACCCCAUACACUGUGACGAUGCCAUCCUUCCGUCACGGACCAAUCCGACUGCCCAAGCCCGAGCCUCCCACUAACCUGCUCGCUGCCAAUGCUGAAGAUGGCCUUGACUGGGUAGCCUUCCAAAUCUCGAUAGGAAGCGGUAUCGGCGACUUCGACAGUGACCCGCUUGACUACUCGCGGCCUUCGGGAGCUGAGCUUAAUGAGCGAGACGAUAUCAUUGCGUGGUUCUCCGGUUUCGGCUUUGAUGGGUAUGGUGCGUUGAGGACCUUUCAGACCGCCGAAGAGGAGAUUGAAGUCAGGAAGCACAAACAAGAAAAUGCCCCCUUACAUGCAAGGUCCGCCAGUUCAGGUAGCUUCUUGAACAUGGACUCACCAGAACCUCCAGACAGCGACAUCAAAGGCAGAGCUCCCACCAUGAAUGAACUAUACCGGAUCCAGCAUUUGCAAGCAUCCGACAGGGACCGAAAACAUUCUCAUGAGCGGUCGGCGAGCGUCAACGAUCAACUUCCUUUCCGUGCCCUUGCAACUCACAUUGCUGCUCAUCAGACGCAGCAACCACACUUUUUGCUCUGGACAUCACAAGAAACACAUUCCUCAACCUGGCCUAUCGAUCGUCAGUCGAGGAGGGACCAUCCCGAGAAGCCAGCGACCAACACUCCCUAUGGUCACACUCACAGCCAAAGUUGGAGUCACUCGCCGCCACCUUUCUCAGCGCUAACAUCCGAUCCUACCGUUCGCUGGGAUCAUAGCCGCGGUCGCAGUUCAAGCGAUGCUGCCAACAACAACACCAACACCAAUAACACCCCGGUUCCAACCUCAAUUAACCGCAAUCAAUCACCAACGCUGCGAACGUCACCACUAACAAAGACUUUAUCCCGGUCCCAACCACCACAUACCCAAAGACACGGGACGCCACAACAUCAAGUCCAACAACAACAAUCCUCCCUUGCGCCACCAUCCUCACGAUUCCCGUCACCAACCAUUCUUCGAUCCGAAUCCCCCUUUCUUCCAGGUUUUGCUUUCCAAUACGAGCAACAAACAGUCAUUCCAUCGUCGAUUGUCCCAGCAACAACCCAACAAGAUCAACAAGCACAAGCACAAGCACCACCACCCCCACAACCGACAAAGCAAACAGCCAAGAAAAUUCCUCAAGCAAUCGAUGCGGCCCGCGCCCGCACUUGGAAGCAACAACAACAACCUCAAGGGUCUCGCCACCACCACCGCCGCGCCGAGUCGCAAGAAAGUAUAAAAAGCCUGCCGCAGAGCCCGGCACUCAACAUGGUGGUGUCAAGGGACGUGAAUGGCCAGGAGUACGUGAUUCCGAUGGGGUUCAAUUUGGAUCAUGACUUGGGGGAUUUCUUGAAGUGGGAGGCGGAACAUGUUGCGUGGAAGAUUGAUUGA